AUUAAUAUGAAAAAAGUGUAGUGUGUGAGGAGUGCGGAAGUUGGAACGUAGUAUCCUUAAUAAGCACAUAAGGUGAGGGAGCUGUCAAACUGAUCUUCAGUCCAUGGGUGAACAAGAAGUUAAUUUGCUGUCCAGUAGUACUGACUCCAUCAGUGAUACAGAGGCCUUGCCAGACUUUUUUUCCCAGCAGGUGAAAAGUGCUUUUCAAGGUCUGAACAGUAGCCAGUCAGUAAGUGAAGUUAUUGCAGUAGUUAGCUCUGACAGUGGGAACUCUGAACCUGGUUCUCCCUUGCAAUCACUAAAGAGUAUGCCAGACCGAGGUGACCAGUCUUUCCUAAAUCAAGACAUUGCCAUGGCCAGCAGUGACAGUGAUGACGGCAUAGUGCCAGUUUUAUCCUUGUCAGAGAGGUUGAAGGACAAACUUGGAGCUGACCAUAGCAUUAAAGUAGGUCAGUCAGUGCAAAAAGGAACAAAGCAGAACAGAGACUGUGAUUUACAGGCCCUUUGUGAAAGUAACAGACUUGUAUCUGAUCAAAUAAACCAAACUCAACCACAUGAAGCGCUUGUAAGAGAGUCUGUCAGAAAAGCAGUCCCCACACCGUUUUGGGACUUAUCAGAUUCUGAUAACGAAGACAAAGUGUGCCACAUUAACAGACCAGGAUUUUCUAGUGCCACAAUUCGGUUUGAUGCUCAGAGUGGAUAUUUAGGGUCUACAGUGAUAACUGCAUCAUUUCCAAAUAAGAAGACAAAGAGGAGUGAGGAGGAAAUACUGAAGUCAAAGCAGGAAGCACUGGUGAGGAGGGCAGACAGAGAGAGGUUGAGAGCACAAAAAGAGAAUCAUAGACGACAACAAGAACAGGAGAAGGAAGCCAAAAGGCUGUUUGCUACUUCACUGAAAGCUCUAAGGCCCGAGGAGUGUAUGAAAUACAUCAGAGUAGCUAUUGAUCCAUUGCUUUUGCAGGGUGAAGGUGGUGGACAGUUGCUCAGUGCCUUGCAAUCUAUGGGCUUCAGCUAUGUAAUUGAGAGUCAGCUUACUCCUCGCAGCAUUACAUGGAAUAGGAGAACUGUGUUUACCGAGGUGGAGGAUGGAACCUGGAAGCAAGAGUCUCACACACUCUUACAGAUUCCUGUUGAGAACUUUGUUCCUAUGGUGCACAGCUAUAAACAGGAGCGCCAUGGUAAACUCCCUGGAGACCAGAUAUCACUAAACGUCUUCGUGGAAAGUGUGCUGAGUGGAAAUGUGAACACCGCUCCUGCUCUGGUAGUUGUAGAGAUGGAGAAGUAUUUCAGAUCUCAGAAGGCUUAUUCUCAGAAGAAGCUACGCCAAGCUGUACUGAAUGAUGGACAAGAUGUGGGAAACAAGCGAAAAAAGAAAAAAGCCAAGGAGGAUCUUCUUCCUGAACUCUCCCGAAUUGAUGUAGAAGAGGCUUUGGUGGACCUGCAACUGCACACAGGGGUACAGAUUCGGUUUAUAGAGACAUGGAAGGAGUUUGCUGACUACAUUGGGAUGUUCACCAAGGCUGUGGCAGAAGCACCAUUCAAGAGAGAACGUGAUAAAACAGGCUUUUCAUUUUACUUAGACAAUGACUCAUCAGGCACAAAGGUAGAUCGAGCUGGGAAAGGACUCCUUCAGGUCUGGAAGAGACAGAUACAGCAGUUUAACAGAGUAAGCCCAGAAAUUGCUAAUGCCAUUGCAUCAGUGUAUGCCUCUCCACGACUUCUCAUAAAGGCAUAUAACAAGUGCAGCUCGGAGCAAGAAAAACAGAAUCUGCUUUCUGACAUACUUGUUCGACGAGGUGAAGGAGUGACAUCGACUUCAAAGAGGGUUGGACCUGAACUCUCCCGGCGUAUUUACAUGCAGAUGACGUUUCAGAAUCCUGAAGUCUGUUUAGACAUUUAGAAUUUACAGUUGUUAGUGCUGAGUGUUUAACUAUGUUCUUACUCCAUUCACAGAGAAAUUGUAUUAUGGUGUACAGUAUUAAAUCAUUUUAAA